AUGGCAUGUGGCUUCUGGUCUAGGUUAUGGCCUAGGAAGAAGCGAGGUGUGGAGGGGGAGGAGGAGCAGUUGCUGCCUGGUCCGGAGAAUACGAUAACGGUGCGUUCGGUGGUAUAUGAGGGUAGUCAUGCUCCGGUGUUGAAUCACAAUGCUCGUCGGGCUAAGGCGGAGGCGUCACCGGAGGAGACGAACCGUAUUCCGGAGAGCGUAGGUAACAGCAAGUGGGACGUGGGUGCCUGGAACAACCGUGUGAUGACAAGUCAGUACACCUGGUGGAACCUGGUUCCGUUGAACCUGUUACAGCAAGCCGUGGUUCCGGCCAACUUUUACUUUAUCGUGAUGAGUAUCAUGCAGCUCAUCCCGACCAUCUCCGACUCUGGGGGUGUACCAACAUACCUAGUGCCGCUGGCCUUUGUGAUGGCCGUGACAAUGAUCAAAGACGCGUGGGAAGAUAUAAAACGGCACCGUCAAGACAAGGAACAAAACAACCGAGUUACAUGG